CGCAUUGUACGUUUUGAUGUAAUUGAUGAUCAUUUUGGAAAACCCCUAACUGAAGAACAAAAAACACUGUUUUUCUCGUCAUUUUCUUGAAGUGAAAUUGAAAGUUAGAGAGGUGUAUAUAUAUACUAAACAAUCAGUGUUAUUGUUUUCACAAACAGAGCUACCACCUAUCCGGGCAACAACCCUAUUCCACAUCAAAAAUACUAACAGCCUAAAAGCAACAACAUAAAGCAAUGGGGGACGAUUUUGUUGAAGCAUUUUCAAAUAUGAAUUUGCAACAGAAUCGCAGACGCAGACGCAGACACGGUCGCCGGCGAGAAAGACCCAAUAAGCUCUUUAUUCUAAGAGGUCUUCCCGGAUCUGGAAAAUCCCAUUUAGCAAGGGAAAUAAAAAAUCAGUUUGGCUCUGCAGAAAUAUUAAGUACAGAUGACUAUUUCAUAAAUGAAGAUGGAGAGUAUAUAUUCCAAGGAUAUUUACUGAAACAAGCACAUGCAUGGAACAUAAACAGAGCAAGAAGUGCAAUGGAAGAAGGACUGUCUCCGGUUAUCAUUGACAAUACCAACAUCCACGCGUGGGAAAUGAAACCAUACGUAUCCAUGGCUCUUGAAUAUGACUAUCAAGUUAUUUUCAGAGAACCAGAAACAAGCUGGAAAUGGAAUGUUCAUAAAUUGCACAGAAAAACUGGAAAUGGGGUCCCGAAAGUUACAAUCCAGAGAAUGCUGGAUGAUUUUAAAGAUGUGUCAAAUAUACACGACGUGUUAAAUUCCGAAAUGCCUCGGAGAUAUUACCCAGGAGAAGACUACUGGGGGUAGAAUCGCAGAAGUGGAUAUCGACCAAUCAAGCUUUUAUAAUCGAUGAUAAUAGAAACAAUUUUUCCUGUAUGUGGGUUUUUUUCUAAAAUGUUAUUUUUUAUGAAACGUUUUUAAAAGGGUUUUUUAAGAACUUGAAACUCCAGUUCCAAAUAAUUCCAACUGAACACAAUAAAUGAAUUCAAUAAACUUGCAAGAAAACUCAGACAUUAAAAAGGAACUCUAUUAAACUGGAUUGCUAUAGAAGAAAGAAAAGUUAACAAUGAAUUGUAACAUCUAACUAAUUAGAAUUCACUGAAUUUAUAUUCCAAUAUUUACUGACUGGUAUUUACUCAGACAGCUGUCCUGCUUGCCUAUUCAUAUUGUUUGCUUGCUGAUUUAAGAGCAUUAUUGUUUCUAUAGAAAGAAAUUAUUGCACAAUUGAUGAAUGCAUUUUUUCCCAUUCAAUCGAUAUUUACACUGAAGCUGAGAUAUUAUCUAAAUAUUAUUGAUUGCUGAAAGUAGUGUACUGAUUUAUGCUAUGUUGAUGCUAAUCUUCUUUUCUACUUUUGUAUCCUGUCUAUUUUCAAAUAUUCUGAUAAAAUUAAAACAUAUUGCAAUGUUGUGUGAUUUAUUGUU